AGAAUUCGAUCUCCGCUCCGAGACUGAACCGACAGAGAUGGCCACGGCCGCGGGCGGAGGCGGCGCCAUCGGCGGCGACGGAGCGGCGGCGGUGAGGCCGGCCAGGCCGCCGCCGAAGCGGUUCACGAAGUCCCAGAUCCCGGACUCCAUCCUCAACAACGCCGCCCUCAACGCCGCCAUCGCCCUCCUCCCGGCGAACUACAGCUUCGAGGUCCACAAGUGCGUCGCCCGCAUCCUCGCCGCCGGCGCCAAGCGCGUGGCCCUCCAGCUCCCCGAGGGCCUCCUCAUGUACUCCCUUCUCCUCUCCGACGUCUUCGCCGCCUUCGCCGCCGUCGAGCACUGCUUCGUCCUCGGCGACGUCACCUACGGCGCCUGCUGCGUCGACGACCUCUCCGCCCUCGCCCUCGGCGCCGACCUCCUCAUCCACUACGGCCACAGCUGCCUCGUCCCCGUCGACACCACCACCAUACCUUGCCUCUACGUGUUCGUCGAGAUUCGGAUCGAUGUGGGCCAUCUCGUGGAAACCCUGAAGCUGAAUUUGGGCGGGGAGUGCUCGGACGUCGUGCUCGCCGGCACGAUUCAGUUCGCCGGCGCGAUUCGCGCGGCGAAGCCCGAGCUUGAGAGCUGCGGGUUUAGGGUUUUGGUGCCGCAGGCGAAGCCGCUGUCGGCGGGUGAGGUUCUUGGGUGCACCGCGCCGAGAGUCCGUUCUCACUCGAACGAGGGGACGCAACUUGCGGUGUUUGUAGCGGAUGGGAGGUUUCACUUGGAGGCUUUUAUGAUUGCGAAUCCGGAGAUUAAGACCUUCCGAUACGAUCCCUACAUGGGGAAGUUGUUUCUUGAGGAGUAUGAUCAAAAGGGGAUGAGGGAAUCGAGGCGGAACGCGAUAUUGAAGGCGAGGGAGCGCGCUAGGAGUUGGGGAGUCGUGUUGGGGACGCUAGGGAGGCAAGGUAAUCCGAGGAUUCUAGAGAGGUUGGAGAAGAAGAUGAGGGAAAAGGGCUUUGAUUACAUGGUGGUUUUGAUGUCUGAGAUCACUCCUGGGAGGAUCGCCCUGUUCGAGGAUUCUGUGGAUGCUUGGAUUCAGAUUGCCUGUCCGAGGCUUUCCAUCGACUGGGGCGAUGCAUUUCAUAAGCCGGUAUUGACACCCUUCGAGGCGGAGAUUGCUCUUGGGUUCGUUUCUGGUUGGUGGGAGAGAAAUUUGAAGACGAGUUCAGGUUGCGUAGCUGAUUCCGGUUGUGGCAAGGGCGACUCAGGAUGCGAAUGCGGGAGUAGUGGAGCUUCGAAGUGUGACGAUAUUGGAGAUUACCCGAUGGAUUAUUAUGCCCAGGACGGUGGGGAGUGGAAUUCUUCUUAUGUGAAGAAGCCGUCCCGGCCUGCGCGGAGGAUUCUUGUGCCUUCUGCAGGCAGCAGUAGCAUAGCUUAGCAUUGGGUAUGGUUUUCCUUCCAAAUGGCUUGUCUGCAGCUUUAGGUUCUCUGAAACUGAUCAUGCCUUCACCAUUCUUGAGUCAUCUGCAGGGUGCCUUAUCCCAAAUUACGAAUGCUGCUUCGUCAGGCAGCUCCGGGGAGCUAGUAUUUUGGUUGAUUGAACAUGUACUAUCUUCAAAUAAGACAUCUAGCGGAAUGUCGAACCGACUAUUUGACAUUCUUCUACCGGGUAGAAGCAAUGAUACAGUUCCUGGUCAUGAAUGCAGUGAGUAGCUAACAGGCAGUUUGAAUGCAGCUGUUCGUUUGUUAAAUUUACUUGUAUGUAAAGUUUGAAGAGUGUAGUGGUUGCGAAGAUGGCAAAACCAUUUUUCUUCGAGGCCUGAGUCUUGUAACCAUAGUUUUUUUUAUAGAAUUGCCUUCCAAUGCCUCCA